UUCCCACUGUGCGGCUGCCGCCUAAGCUUACUAAUAGGCGAGCGCUUGCUUCGAGCCUCAAAACGAAACCCACCGAACAAAGGCAACCUUGACCUGUACACAUCAUCAAGCGAAAAACAGGGCCCAGUCAGACACCCUGUCUACAUCGAAUAUCACGAUAAAAACCGGUGAGAUCUCACAGGCAAUCGAUUACGCCUCUGCCAUUACCGAUUUCACGUACGCGCAUGCCAUUUUGGGCAGCGAGAAACAGCGGGCUAAGCAGCCGAUUCCCCGUCGACUACCCAACAGCAACCUUCUGAGGCGGAUUCCCGAAUCAAUAUUCUCGACAAUUUCCACGACUUCGGUACCCCACGGUCCAUACGGUCAGGAAGGAGGGAUCAGGUCGGAGAAGGUGCAACCAUAGAAGUCACACAUCCGUCUCGUCGGUACUGAGGCUUGACACGACUUUCUUUCUUCGACAAUACGCAGUUGACGACGACCAACGAACGCCACCAUGUCGAAUAACGCGGUGGGCAACGUUUACUCGCAAAUCAUCGAUGAAGUGAUAAAUUCUUCUCGAGUCGAUUUCGAGGAAGGCGGUGUUGAUGAGAGCGUGCUGGAAGAGUUGAAGAAGGGCUGGCAGGAGAAACUCACUCAGCUCGAGGUCGCGGCGUUUCCAUGGGACCCCGUCAAGGAAGCUCCAGCUCCCGCAGCACCACCUCCGACUACGGCCGCUCCACCGCCUGCGGCUCCAUACUCCCAAGCCCAGCUCAGUCCCCAACUUCCAGUGCCCGGUCUACCUCUGCCCGGCGGAACCCCGGCUCAGCAGGCCGGUAACAUGCCUGUCAAGGAGGAGCCUUAUAUCAAGCUGGAGCCUGGUAUGCAGAACGUGCCGAUGCCCCCAUCUCAACAAGAUAGCGCUGGGCUCGCAGCUUACCGGGCCGCUCAACAUGUGCGCGGCCAGUUCGGUGAGAAAGGCGCCGCCUCCAUGAACGCCAUUCAAGCUUCAGCGACCAACAGGCCCGCCAACCAGCCGCCUCUGCCCCAGAUGCCCGGCCAGCCUCAACAGCAGCAGCAACAGCAGUACCGCCCUGGAGUUCCUCAACAGGGUCAGCAACAGCAGCGCCCGCCUAGCAAUGGUCAGCCAGGUGUGAAUCCCUCGCAGACCGAUGGUGCUGGCGACGAUUUCGACUUUGAAGGCGUUCUGCUCCAACGCAACCCUGACGGCUCUCAGCGCGAGCUUGGACGUGUCGAUAUUGAUCGCAUGAUCCAUGCGCGGAUUGCUGCCAACGCCAAGAGCAUGGAGGGUGGCGGCUUGAUGCUGCCUCUGAAGGAAGCCACGAGACAUUCGUCGGCUGCCACCGCACGAUCCAAGGGCAAGGAGCGCGGUGGAAUUGCUGGCUACGAUGGUUACGAUGAUGAUGAAGUUGACGAAGACGCAAUCAAUUCAGAUCUUGAUGACCCCGAUGAAGACAAGGAUGACGACGAGGUUGAUGAUGAGGGUCUUGGACAUAUCAUGCUCUGCAUGUACGACAAGGUCCAGCGCGUCAAGAACAAGUGGAAGUGUGUUCUCAAAGAUGGCGUCCUCACCGUCAAUGGCAAGGAAUACGUCUUCCACAAGGCCACUGGCGAGUACGAGUGGUAAGAAAACCCACGCGUUUUGCACGACGAAUCGACGCUUUGCAAUCGUAUGAGGAAUGACGUCUUUUCGAUUCUACCCGCGUCGACCUCGACUUGAUUGCCUAUCCAAUUUCAAUCUUGUAGACUAGCAGAGGGCAGAGGCUAGAGAUCAGCCACAUGCCCAAAAA